AUGUCUAAAACUGCAAGGGUUGAAACUGACCUUCAAAAGGAAAUUGUUGAAGUUGACAUUCCAGACACUGAUACAACAACUGAUCAACCCAUUCUAGACACUGGUCAUCAAUUAGAGACCGGUGAUUAUGAAGGGUUCCUUGAUCUUGGAACUAAUAGUGACAUUGAUUAUGAUAAUGAUCAGCUCAAUCCUCGAAAGAGGAAUGCUUCCUUCUUAAGGGGAGCUCAUGAUGCUGAAGAUAGAAGUUCUUCCACUGCUGGUGAUCCUUCAGUACCCCCUCCUUCCAAAAAAAAGCAAGAAGAGCAAGCUUAUCUUUGA